UGAAUGGAGACUAGAAACAACGUGACAGAAUUUGUUCUACUGGGACUCUCACAGAAUCCACAGAUGCAGAAAAUCAUAUUUGUUGUGUUUUUGGUGGUCUACAUUGUCUCUAUGGUAGGAAAUGUGCUCACCAUGGUCACUAUCACUACCAGCCCAUUAUUGGGGUCCCCCAUGUACUAUUUUCUGGCUCAUCUCUCUUUUAUUGAUGCCUGCUACUCCUGUGUCAAUACCGCUAAACUGAUCAUAGAUUCCCUCUAUGAAAAGAAAACCAGCCCUUUCAAUGAAUGUAUGACCCAGAUCUUUGGGGAACAUAUAUUUGCAGGUGCUGAUGUCAUUCUGCUCACUGUGAUGGCCUAUGACCGCUAUGUGGCCAUCUGCAAGCCCUUGCACUAUACAAAAAUCAUGAACUGGAGGGUGUGUGUCCUGCUAGUGGGGGUGGCAUGGAUGGGAGGCCUUGUUCAUUCAACCAUACAGAUCCUCUUCAUCAUCAGGUUACCCUUCUGUGGCCCUAAUGUCAUAGAUCACUUUAUGUGUGAUUUGAAUCCUUUGCUCAAUCUUGCCUGCACUGACACUCACAUUCUAGGAUUCUUUGUUGCUGCCAACAGUGGUUUAAUUUGUCUGUCAAACUUUCUCCUCUUGAUUGGCUCCUAUAUGAUCAUUCUGCGCUCCCUAAGGACCCAUAGCUUGGAAGCCAGGCGUAAGGCCCUCUCCACUUGUGUCUCCCACACCACAGCAGUCACCCUCUUCCUUGUGCCUUGUUUAUUUGUGUACCUGAGGCCAGCAGCUACUUUACCUAUUGAUAAAGCAGUUGCUGUAUUCUACACUAUGAUAACUCCCAUGUUAAAUCCUUUGAUCUAUACCUUGAGAAAUGACCAGAUGAAAAGUGCCAUUAGGAGACUGUGUAGCAGAAAAGUGAUUUCAGGUGAUCAAUAA